ACUCCAUUAAUUGUGGUUUUAUUGUUAUUUAAGUGACCUUGACUCUAAUAAAAUAGAGCAAUAAAAGUGCGCGCUUGAGGUAUAAAAUAUUUAGAUUUUCUUUUGUUCGAUCGAUAAUGAAACGUAUCGAGUAUGUAAAUAGGUGUUUAUCCCAAGUGUGAUGAUUAGUUCGAAGCGGUAUGCAGAUUUUCUUGUAUGGAGACACGUUAUUGUAUACACACAUCAUCAAUGCCGCGAUAAUAUGUUGAUAACGAAUUUUAUCAUUUCACCUCGAUUACACGACGAAUGUAGAUGUGUACGAGUCGCGCUCGCGUUUCAAAAUGCGCGCCAUAAUAAUUUUGACGUUUAACUUUUUAAUUUUAAAUGUCAACGGUCAAGAAGUCGAUGCAGACGGCGUUACGGAGGAAGUGCAAAAAUUAAUAAAAUUGUGUUCGUUUUGUACGUGCAGUGAAAUACCAGAAAUCGAUGGUACUCAUUUAGUGUUCAAUAUAUUGUGUUCUGAAUUGGAUAGAAUACAGAAUGUUGCUGAUUUGGAUAAAAUUCAGUGGCCGGAGAACCCUAAUGGAUUGAAAAUUUCCGCUGCUUUUGAAGGUUUGGGACUCAAUACUCUUGGCAGAUUACCUCCAAAUGCACAAGUGGAAACUCUAAGGUUUAGUAAUAACGCAAUUAAGACGUAUUGGCCGGACCCGUUUAGCGAUGUAUCCAAUCUGAAGAGGCUAUCGUUCUCACAAAACGAGCUGAUGGAAAUAACACCAGAUCUAUUCACGAAUAUAGAACAUUUAGAGGAACUGGAUUUAUCUUACAACAAAUUAACGGAUUUUAAUUCGUUAGAUUUUAAAUUUUUACGCAAUUUAAAGAGAUUGAAUUUACAAAGUAAUCUUAUAAAGAAGAUGCCCAUCGAAGUUUUAAGCCCAAUGAUUUUGUUGGAGGAUUUAGAUUUAAGCAAGAAUGGAAUUUACGAUCUUCUACUACAGAAAACUGAAAGCGAGCCGUUUAAAGUCGUUAAAAGGUUGAGUUUAAGCGGGAAUAGAAUAAGAUCCGUGACCAAGGAGUCAUUUCCUCUUAAUAAUAGUAUUGAACUUCUAGACUUAUCAAACAACGUGAUAGAGAUUAUAGAAGAGAACGCAUUUCUCACUUGCGUCAAUCUGAGAGAAUUGAACCUUGGACAGAACAACAUAACGUUCACUUUCGCACUGCCGCCAUCACUGCAGAUUGCCAUAUUGAAAAUAAACACAUUAUACCACUGGCCCACAUUUCCUGACGGCAUCACUUACAUAGAUCUUUCGUACAAUAGAUUAUCGGAUAUGUAUAACGAAAAUCAAGUCGAGUUUGAAAAUUUAGAGAUUCUCAAUAUAGGUGGUAAUCAAAUAAAAGAUAUAAAUAUAGAAAAAAAAUUACCAAAGUUAUACAGUUUGGACAUAUCUUACAACUUAAUAAAAGACAUACCAAAAUGUUUGAGCAGUCAAAUAUUACCGAAAUUGGAAGAAUUGCGUUUAGAUGGCAACCCUAUAGAGGAUGUUUAUUUUAAAAACAUUCUAUCGUUGAAGAAUUUAUAUUUGAACGAUAUGCACAAGUUGGUGACUGUAAAGGAUAAGGCUUUCAGUAAUGUUAUUGGUAGAGGCGAUGAAACUAUGAACGAGAGAAAUUGUUUUUAUUUGUACAUGUCUAACUGUGGUUCUUUAAGUGAGAUACAAGAUGGCGCUUUUGAUGCAACAUCGUUGUGUAUGAUCGAUAUAAGCAAGAACAAUUUGACGAGACUGUCGAAGGACCUGCUUGACUGGCGGGCACUGACCGAAGGAGCAGACUUGCAGUACAAUCCAUGGGAGUGCUCCUGUCCCCUGCAAUGGAUGCUGGACGAUCUGCUGCCGACACUCUAUAAGAGCAAUUCAAGACUGCUGACUGAACUCAGAUGCGGGUCGCCGCGGGGCUACGAGGGUCUGCGGCUGGUGCACUGGUACAACUGGACGGAGCCCGCCAUGUGCAGCGACAUGAUGAUGCGCGCCGGACCGCACGGCACUUACAUCUUACAACCAUCAACGGACUCUGGUCCCAAGUUCAACUACAUGAUAAUAAUAUUAGUUGCGUGCAUCAGUGUAGCGUUGUUGAUAGCGGUCGCGUUGUUCGUGUACCUGGUGCGCAACAGACGGCGACACAGAGUGCGUCAAGCUGCGCUCAAACGUAAACGACAGACCGCAUCCGAUAUUAAGAACAGCAAUGGAUUGCAAAAGGAAAAGUUUGGAGCGUUUAAUAAAGCUUAGGUUAAACUCAAGUUUGCAUUAUAAAGAUUUUGUUAAGUUUAAUCUUGUAUAAAUGAAGUUUCUAUGGCUAACUUGUACAAAAACAUAUUGUCGUUCCUCUCACUCUGUUUAGUAAAACAGAGAUAACGAUGUAUUUAGGUACAAGUGUUUUUGGCAUUAAAAAUACCAUAAUAUAGUACUAUUCAAAUAUCUUAGCAGCACGGAACAUCGCACGAAUUGCGCAGAACACAAUGUUAGGUGUGACGAGGCGUAAAGGGAUGCCGGAGAGGGUACUGCGCUACUUAAUUUCAAACUAAGAUAUUUGAAAAGCACUAAAUUGGAUAAAUAAAGUCGGAUUGUGUUGCUUUAAUUGUAAUAAAUGGAAUUGUGGAUUAAGAAAAUCUGAAUAAUAUGUCAUCAUCAUCAUUAUCAUCAGCUCACUAUACGUCCCCACCGAGGGGCUCGGAGCCUACCCUAAGUUAA